CACACACCAUCUGUCAACAUGGCGUCGGACUUCAGGUGGAGAUGUGGAGUGCUCCUACUUUGCACUUAUCUGCUUUGUAUUUCGGCUACGGGAAGCAAAGAAAAGGCUCAGAAGAAGAAGGAUAUCCGAGACUACAAUGACGCAGAUAUGGCACGGCUCCUGGAACAAUGGGAGGAAGAUGAUGACAUUGAAGAAGGGGACCUCCCAGAGCACAAGCGGUCUCCUCCUCCCAUCGAUUUCUCCAAGGUAGACCCCUCCAAGCCAGAAGAGCUGCUCAAGAUGUCCAAGAAGGGCAGGACUCUUAUGGUGUUUGCUACAGUGUCAGGGGAUCCCACUGAGAAGGAAACAGAGGAAAUCACAGGCCUGUGGCAGGGAAGCCUCUUCAAUGCCAACUUUGAUAUUCAGAGGUUUGUAGUGGGCUCCAACAGGGUGAUCUUCAUGCUGCGAGAUGGCAGUAUGGCCUGGGAGGUCAAAGAUUUUCUCACAGCCCAGGAACGCUGUCAGGAUGUCACUGUGGAGGGACAGGUAUUCCCUGGUAAGGCCACAAAAAACAACAAUGACAAAACUAAGAUGCAAAAUGAGGUUAACGGCAAGAAAAAACCCAAGAAGAAGUCAGAGGGCAAGAAGCCUGACGUGGAGGGGAACAGAGCCAGCCAUCUGAAGCAGGAGCUGUGAUGGACAUGCAAAAACACUCUUUCUUCUGGCCUUCAGUGAUAAGAGUGAACUUAUAAAUCAUGUUGGGUACAUUGACCUAAACUGCUGAGCUGGUUUAAUGAGAAGUUUUCUGUUUGUUUUCUCGACCUCACAGCAGCAGCGUUGUACUGGCAUUUUUGAAAAUCAUUGUUUGAGUGGUAACCAACUCUUAAAAGUUACCAUGCUGUCUGAUUAUCUAGAUUUGUUUCUGUUGCUCAUCACCAAAUGAAAACCAAUACAUGCACACUUUCUCACUUUUAUAGAGGAGAUUAUGCCAAGCAGCCUUUCAGAUAGUUUUUUCUUUUCUUUUUUUUUCUUUUUUAGGCAAAAGCCAUGUCAGGUACAGUAAUUCAUUUUCCAGAGCCAGAAUGAUUUGUUCUUUUUAUGACAAAUAGAACAGCAGUGCAUUCUGUAGAAGUAUGCGUCUUCAUGACUACCCUUUGAAAACUGGACUUCAACUGCAUCCCCUUUCUGUACUGUCUUUAAUCAGAUCACGUGCUGUAGGCGCAUUUAGGUAAUACCAAACUCCUGAUCAUAUCAGGCAACUGAUUUAUGUUUGGCUUUUUUUCAGGUUUUUACAUGAAUUUGUUUUUCUGAUGUCGAGGUUCUGCCCUGUGUAAGGUUUGGUUAAAAUUCAUGUCAUUGUCAAAAGUUGAUCCCAAAGUAUAACUCACAUUUUCUGUUAAUUAUUCACUUUUUUUAAAUAAACAUUUUGUCAAAUAAUCUGAUAAUGAUAAUAGCUUUUAUGGCAUUGAGAUCCAAUUUCAUUACAUGAAGCCUUUCUGGCCAUUUGAAAGAACACAGGUUUACAGCCCUUCAAAGUAAUGACUACAUACUUGAAAACUAGACAUUGACUGCAUCCACUUUCUAUACUGUCUUUGAUCUGAAGACUGUUAAUCUUCUUGAAUGACCAAAAGUUUUAUAGGAAUAAACCUGACUGUGCUUUGUUCUGAAAGGAUUCCCUUUCAAAGAGGCAUUAAAGUCAGUGAUUUUAAGGAUAAUGAUAAAGGAGAACAAAGCAAUCUUUUCAUUUCUAGACUAGUGUUCCCAGUAAGUAGACUUUUCAAAGGUGUUUGCAUUGGUAGUCCAUAGAGAGGCUUGUACAAACAACAGUUCAUCAGAGGGAGAACUUGAGUGAUAAUAAUUCAAACAUGUUACCAAUUAAAGAGGCAGUUUCACUUGAAAAUAA